UUGAACAAAAUGAUCUCGGGGUUUUAUAGUGUCUCGUCUGCUAAUGUUUCUUGUUACGUUACGGGAUCCUCAGAUUUGUUAGUGCCAGGAAGAGUCACUGCUGUGAGUAACAUACCACAAGGUUCGGUUACUCAAUCUAUUGACCCUACAGCACUUGUGGGACAACCUGAUGUUCAGCAGAUUUCGGUUAGAAUAUCACCUAAUGGUACAAUCGACCUGGAUGAUCGAUUUAAGUCUAUAUGGUCACCAACAACUCAUUGGAUAAGAGCAUUGCGCCUCUCUGAUGAUUGCCAUAGUUAUAACUUACAACUUAAGCUUUACAAAAGCUCAACUGUGAAAAUAGAUAGUAAUGAACCACCAAAACUUAUUUUACAAGCAAUACGGCCCAUUGAAAUGGGCCAAGAAUUAUUAUUGUGGUUUUCAGAAGAUAUUCUGGCGAUGUUGCAGAUGACUUUUUUAACUCCUGCUAAUAUACAAGGUCAAAAAAAGUAUGUUUGCAACAGAUGUUCCACGCUCUACGAAUCUCCAAAUCCUUUAAAACUACACAUUACACUAGGAUGUGGAAAGAUGUCUAUUUCAACUCUUUGGGAAAGACUUUCUAAUGCUUUGAAUGAAUCCCGUCAGACAUUUGAAAAAGAAGACACUUUUAACGUCCAGUUGAACCUUAAACAUCAAUCAGUUAAACAAAAGUCUGCUAUUGACUUGACAAAAUAUGCAGAAAAUGUGAUGCCCUUGGAACAUAGACUUUAUAGACCUUACGAAAAAGAGCCGAGUGCUUUUAAACCAUUUAAGAAAGAUGAAAAUUCCUCUCAGGCUUUUGAUGAGUACUCCAAGAUUGUGGAUUAUAAUGUUACGCCUCCACCUACAGUACUUCCAUCUUGCUUUGAUUUACGUCAUCAAGGAUAUAGCGACGAAGCUCAAAUUGAAAGUCUCGUUAGCAGUUUGGGAAAGUCACGACAAGGACACAUUUGUCUUUACUGUGGAAAGUGUUAUUCUAGAAAAUAUGGAUUAAAAAUUCAUAUAAGAACUCAUACUGGAUACAAACCUCUGAAAUGCAAAUUUUGUAAUAGACCCUUUGGAGAUCCGAGUAAUCUGAAUAAACAUGUAAGGCUACAUGCUGAAGGAAAUACGCCCUAUAGAUGUGAACUCUGCGGAAAAAUUUUGGUAAGAAGACGUGACUUGGAGAGGCAUUUAAAAUCUAGACAUAUGGUAGAAACCCACCCUGGCAUGAAUAUCAUUGUCGAUUCAACCGAUGAAAUCAAAAGUGAACCAAGUGACGAAGAAUCGAAAUCUAUGAAAUGAUAUUAUAUUUUGAUAAUUUCUUAUAAAUGUGUUUAUUUGCUGAUGUUUAUUUUUGAAAAUAUAAAUGUUCUGAUG